UUCAGUUAGAAACAAAUAAAAUUAUCGAUUCAAAACCAUGCACAAUCUCCGCUUUCGUUCGCUGAUCACCUUCACGAGCCUCUGGCUAAUCGGUCGCCAGCGCUCGAGCUGCGUGGAGGAUGGAACUGCGAUUGGGGACACCAAGAGCCAGGCCUGGAACAAUGACUGGGACCAAGGCAAUCCCAUGGCAGCCCAAGUAAGCGAGGGACAGAAAUCAAAGGCCUCGCGACACAUCAUCAUGGUGAGGCACGGACACUACAAAAAGUCGAAGACAAGCGGCGAUCAGCUCACAGACCUCGGGCGACAGCAGGCCAAGUGGACGGGCAAGCGGCUGCGGGAAUGGAACAUCAGCUGGGACCAGGUGGUGGUCUCCACCAUGACACGGGCCCAACAGACAUCGGAGAUUAUCCUUAAAGAGCUGAACUUUGAUCCCCGCAGCGUAAUCCACACGGAUGAGCUGCGAGAGGGAGCGCCGUAUCUCGCGGAUCCCCCAUCGAGAGCGCGCAGACAGAAGCUGGAGGAAUCCAUUCGCCGGGAUGGACCACGCAUUGAGGCUGCCUUCAGGCGCUACUUCUACCGUGCCCCGCCCGACCAGGAGCGUGAAUCGUUCCUCCUGAUCGUCUGCCACUCGAAUGUCAUUCGGUAUGUGAUCCUGCGUGCCCUGCAGCUGCCACCUGAAGCCUGGACACGGCUCAGUCUCAAUCACGGCUCCAUUACCUGGCUGACUGUCCACCCAACGGGCUACGUUUCGCUGCGCUUUAUGGGCGAUUCGGGCUUCAUGCCCGUCCAGCAGCUCAGCAGUCGCUGCCGCAGGGACUCGGGCUUAAAGCCUGCAAAGGUGAUCCAGAAUCGCAGCUGAGUCUGAUUAAAUCAUGUCUGUGUGAAAAAUAG